UUAAAUUAUAUUUGUUUAGAAUGCUUCCGUCAAUUACAAAGUUUUUUUCAAUUUUAAAAAUUGCCAACUCUCACAAGCAAGCAGAUCAAAAUGAAGAAAACAAAAAUAAAUCAAAAGAAAAGCCAAUUACUGAUGAAUAUGUCAAUUCAAUAUCGAAAAUGUCUCCCGAAGAAAUUUAUGAUAACUAUAAUCCAGACGGUUCUGUUAAUUUUGAAUGUCAUUGUGUUUCACAUAUUGUUGCUAGCCCUUGUGGAUAUGAUUUUAGAAAAGCAAUGACAUGCCAAAAAUCUGCAAGUGAAAAAGAAUUGGAGGAGGGGGCAUGUGGAGAAGAAUUUAUGAAAUUUUUGGAAUGUGUCAUGUCGACUGGUUGUUUUAGAAGGACUCCAGAAGAAGAGUUAAACUCAAAGAAGGAUAUUGACUGACAUGCAGG